UGAGGAAAUGGUCAUUGUCAGAAUGAUUCCAGAUGAAGGUGAAGAUAUGUCUUUGUCAGGCAGAAGUUCAAAUUGACCAGAAAGAAGAAGAGCAACUGAACUUUGUGAGAGAUGACAUUUUGUAUGUGUUUGGUGAUUUGGACUCAUACAAGUUGCGUCACACUGAGCUCACUUGAUCUCUUUCCGAGGAAAGAUGUGUCAUCGCUUAGCGAGAAACAUCACGAACUUGGAGACAGCAAGAGGAAACUCCCCCUAGCCACAGCAAAAUGGUGAGCCUUCAUCGAGCGAGGCCUCGCUCCUAAUCACCAGAAUCGUGAAUGGCACAUUUUACUGAGAACAACCCAAGAAAAAUGCUUCUUUCCUGGCUGCUGCUCGGCUCGCUGCUCCCAACUCUGGCUCUCCUCUCGGAUCCGAACGGAUGCGUCAUUCACGAAACCAAUGGCUCACAUGACGCAUUAAUGGAGUCAUUGCAGUGUCACAACGACUACGAAUCGUACGUCUACUGCAAGUGGAGGGAGGGGCCACACGUACCGGGACCACUACGGCUUUGGUUCCGCGCACAACACGGCAGGGAGCCGUGUGAGCCCUUUGGGGCCGUGGUCCAAAACGCAGAUGGGCACAGGACGGUCCGGUGUCGAUAUCAAACGCGUUCUUUCUCCAUCGGUAUCCAGCACACGGCCUUCUUCGUCAAGGACGAUGCUGAACUCUGUUCCGCUAUCGCAAGCAAGCCCGUGAAGCUUUCUCAUCACUUGAGAGCACGCACACCGGCCCAUUUGUCAAAAUAUGACUCUGCGGAUGGGCAGCUGGGGAUCAAAUGGUCCAGUCCUUAUCCUGGCUCCUCCUCCCUGAACAAAAACCUCCUUUACCAAUUUGGUUACAAGGCAGAAAGGCAGGACACAUGGAAUAUUAAGAAUGUGACGAGCACAGAGGUCAAAUUAGACCCACGACUGCUGCUUCCGGGUCACAGGUACGAGGCCAGAGUGAGGGCCUGGGCCCACGUGGGCCAGUGGAGUCAAUGGAGUCCCGUGGUGACGUGGAGGAAUAAAGAAGCUCGGCUUCCCAACUUGUAUUGCGUACUUGAUGGUGAGAAGAAUGUGACGUGUAGCUGGGAGGUGAGCAGAGCGCUCGUAAUUACCUACCAGCUGGCCUGUCAACAAAACCACACCGCACCGUCCGAGAGCUGCUGUAGGUACCCCGCAGUGACCUUUAACCCCAGUAGGUCACUGGUGCGAUACAGCUGCUCGCUGUAUGUCGUAAAUCCGACGCAUUUGCUUUUGGAACUUCGACCAACCCGCAGUGCAAAAACGUUUCGGGCCAGUGAGCACAUUUGUCCCAGGGCACCGCAGCAAGUGAAAGUGAAAGAGAAAGACAACAACUGGAUUGUGCAAUGGACCAAACCUAGCACCGCUUCAAAAAUCCGACUAUAUUAUCAAGUGCGCUAUUACAGGAUGCCGGAUAAGGGGUCAUCGGUCCUGUUGAACGUUUCCGAAGGCUCUACACGGGUGAGCAUUCUUGGUGCUUCUCUGAGCCCAUCCCAGCGCCACCGGGUCCAAGUCAGAUCUGUGGUCAUCCCCGGAGAGGGUUCGCUCUAUGAAGGAAUUCCCUCAGAAUGGACUGAGCCGGAAGGCUGGACCUCACACGCAGCCACGUGGUCCACCAGCACCAUUGUUUAUUUCUGCACCGGUGUAGCAGUGAUCAUAGUCUUCGUCAUGCUCGUCCGGACUGUCUUCGCAUGCCAAAGGAAAAUCAUUCUUUGGGUUGACACCGUUCCGUCUCCUGCCAAAAGCAAAACCCUGUCAGAGAUCAAGUCUGCCACCAGCCGGAUCCUUAUGGAGAACGACAACACGUACAUCUGCAAAGUGCAGCAAUCGUACCGCUUAUCUCCAGGCUCCUCUCUCUGGCCAUCUGAGGGUGCAGAAAAUAAAGAUGUGGAGCAGGACCGACAGGACUACAAGUGUAAUAGCUUGGCCCUCCCUGCUGAGAAGGUUCAUGGCUGUAACCUUCCGGUGCACUUCAACGGCCCAUAUAUCUGCUGUCAGUCCGUAGAAUCCAACCACACGCGUGAAGAGACAAAGGAGGACAAAGUAACAUCACCAGACGUUCCUUCGUCGGCGGUCUUCUCCCCGAACGGCGAAGGUUACGUGUGCCUCCCGCGUGGCAGCGUUUCCACUUUGGCAUCAGAUCUGGCGUCGCACUGGGAUGCCGACGCCAUCGUGCAGAAGCGUGAGCACGGCUGUGCAGAUAACACAGUGUGGGGCGAUGGACUGGUCGACAUCAGGCCCGAAAGCGCUGAUCCGCCUCCGAGCUACAGCGCCGAUCCUUCUUGCCCUGGCGUAAGGGCCUCAGGGUACUGUUUUCUGCCCACUCCCUUUUAGGCCCAACUCAUGUAUGUUGGGCUCCAACUUGUUGUGCUUACUGAAGCAAAGGGAAGUAGAUGUUCUGAUGGGCUGAAGCCUCAAACGCUAUUAGAAGUGAGAAAAUCCCGUAAUGAGGUUGUCCGCUCACUUAAUCGAGAAAAGGCGCGCGGCCAUCGUCAAGCAAAAAUGAAUCCCUUACUUGUUGGGUCGAUAAAAAGUCCACCUUGGAAUCUUUCACUAUAAAAAACAGCAGCAAAUAACAAUAUCACAUCCAACCAGUGGGGGGCAGUAUUUAUCUGAGCCCAAAAAAAUCCUUUUGGCUAAAGUUAUCUUUUUUCCCAUAACAGAAAUAAGCUCUAAAAACAGACAUUCAAUAAUCUUUUGCAAAUAAUCUGUUGCUGCUUCUAUAAAAAGCUAAAAAGUCCAGAGUACAUGAGUUCAUAAGUCGGGUCAUGUUUGCUUUAUGGUCAUACAUGCAUGUUUGCACAGAGGUGUGUGUUUUUGCAACUUGUUAUCAAUGUUGAAUGCAUAAAAUAUGUUCUUGACAUUAGGAUGAUACUGAACCGCAGCAGUCAUGCUGCUGUGAAGGCAGACAUUUCGCUUCUGGUACAUCGUGUGUUGGCGGGCGUUUAUUGAAAGAUUGUAGAUCGGACACUUGGGGUCACUCAGAGUGUGAGUGGUCUCUUCAUAAACACACUUUAUACAGAAGGAAAAAUAGUACUUGAUAAAUCCCUAGUAUUUGCAAAUAAUUGACAGCCUGUAAAUGUCAAGUCAAAUAGUUUUAUUAGGCUUUUGUACAGGUCACAGCGUCCACUCGAAUUAAUUUACACAUUUAAAUGUCAAAACUUGAGUUGUUCAUUGGGAAACUCCCCCAAGCAGGGAAAACGGCGAAGAACAAUAUUCUUGAGGGUGUCACAUGAUCUCAUUAGGUGUCCAUAUAAUUUAGUAACGUGGCUGAUUUGUGCUGCACCUGCUUUCACACUCCCAAACAAAAUUCCAAAAAUUAGCACCUCCUGUCAGACAUCAGUGGAGAAUAUUUGAUUGAGGUUGGUCCAAAGAAUGGCUUCAUUUGCUUUUGUGGUGUAAAAGUCGAGUUCAGAGUAUUAAACAUGACAGUCUCAAUUUAUCUUACCGUAAUUUUCGGACUAUAAGUCGCCAUAAAAUGCCCAAAAAAGUGAAAAAAAAAAUAUGUAUGUCCCCACCCAAACUAUGAAAAAAAACUGCGACUUAUAGUCCGAAAAUUACGGUACAAGUUUUAUUUUUGUUUUGAAUGUUUGUGUUAAUGCGAUUUGCAGUUGAAGGUUGGUGCCAGUUUUGUAACACAUUUGAGGAAACACCUAGCAUCACCUUGGAAUUGAGAGAAAAAAAAAGGAAAAAUAUGGAGCCGGUCUCUCCUUUGCGGUGUGUGGAAUGCGCAGUGGAAAUUUUUUUUUAUCCCGAAGAGCGCUGGGACACAGUCGUGCUGGAACAAAAAUGGGUCUUUCCCAAAAAUGUUCCCACAAACUUGUGAGCAGUGGAAGCAAAUGUGAAUCCCAAUCCGAUUGUGAUGCUGUUUGACUUCAAAGUUGUUCAAAUUCCAAAAUAAAAUGAAAAUUUGUGUCAUCAUCUAUAAUGAACCAUGUUUGAGAUUUAAAAAGUUGUUUUUAGCUUUCCAUCCUUUGUCAGCCCCCCAGUGACAUUCCUGAGUCUCCUAGUCAGCGUCAGGCUAUUGUUCCUUUGCAAGCGCUUGAGUGGAUCCACUGAUUUAGAGUGUGCGGCUUCACGCUUGUGUGCAUCAUGUUCUCCGUUGUCGUACAUAAAAACAGGAAAAUAAAGGCAUUGGAAGGUG